UUGCGGACCAAACCACGCUCUCUCCCUUUCAAAAUAUACAUAUUUUUCAUUGAACAAACACCGGGAUCUCUCGCCACCACGCACGUGCCACGACGACCCGCGUCUGUUCCCACUCUGGCCCACGCGUUUGCUUCAUAAACCUUCCCCUUUUUCUUCCUCCUCUAUAAAAUCCAACAAUUAAAACUGUCUAUCAUCCAUCCUUUGUUUUCUUCGAAGCAGCUCACCAUGGCGGUAAGAACUGUCAAAGUCAGUAAUGUUUCUUUAGGAGCAACUGAACGAGAUCUCAAGGAGUUCUUUUCUUUUUCUGGUGAUAUUGAAUAUGUUGAAGUGCGGAGUGAUAAUGAGCGUUCUCAAGUUGCAUAUGUUACCUUCAAAGAUUCACAGGGCGCAGAAACUGCUGUUCUUCUUUCGGGAGCAACAAUAGUAGACCUGUCUGUCACAAUAACGCCAGAUCCAGAUUAUAAGCUGCCACCUGCAGCUUUAGCACCCUCAGCAACGGAAAAUAAAACGCCUGGUGGUGCUGAAUCUGCCUUCCAGAAGGCAGAGGAUGUGGUUAGUAGCAUGCUUGCCAAGGGCUAUAUCUUAGGCAAAGAUGCAGUCAACAAAGCAAAGACUUUUGAUGAGAAGCACCAAUUGACUUCAACAGCCUCUGCUAAGGUUGCUUCUUUUGACAAAAAAAUAGGCUUCACUGAGAAGAUCAGUGCUGGAACGACCAUUGUAGGUGACAAAGUCCGGGAAGUGGAUCUGAAAUUUCAAGUUUCAGAGAAAACUAAAUCAGCAUUUGCAGUAGCUGAGCAAAAAGUUAGUAAUGCUGGAUCUGCUAUUAUGAAGAAUCGGUAUGUUUUUACUGGGGCUUCUUGGGUAACUGGUACUUUCAACAAGGUUGCCAAGGCAGCCGGGGAAGUUGGUCACAAGGCAAAAGAAAAGGCAGGAAUGGCUGAGGAGGAGCAAAAGAGAAAAAUGGUGGAUGACUUUGCCCAGGUUCACCUAUCUGAGUCACCAAAAGCGUCCACUGAACGUGAGCAACCACCUUCCAAGCCUGCCCCUGUUCAAGGUUUGAUCCUUUGAUUUACUACUGUAAAUUUUUUCUUUUUUUUGUUAAAUUUAAACUCUUGUAUUUGUUAUCUCUUGAUUACAUGGUGGAGUUCUUUCAGCCCAGAAAAGUGUUGAAUUUAGGACAGUUUACCAAAAUGGUUGGAUAUGUUGCAUGUAAUAGCUGUUCUUUCUAUGAAUGUCAAUAGACGAUACAUUCGUGAUGAUAAAUGUCUUCUGCUGUUUUUUA